AUGCCGCCUAAAAAGAAGCGAGUUUCCAAGGAGUUCGACGUUGCAAGUGUGGGGAACAUUUUCCAGCGGAUUCAUAAGAGCGCCGCACACAUUCCCCAGUGCAGAAAAGAGUUACUUGCGUACUUUGCGGACAACCAAAUAGCUGUGGGUGAGUCUGUGUGUUAUGUGGUGUUGCUUGUGCUGAAGGAAGCCCCCCGUAUUCCCCCAGAUGCGCUCAAGCGGCAGUAUAACUUCCUCACAGAUUUUUGUAAAGAGUGUCGCGAGAGGUAUGGCUCCGACCAAAUUGCUUUAACAAUAUUGAAAACAGUAAUGGGACUCCACAACGCAAACGACAAGAUGGUUCGUCUCGGUGUCGUGUCCCUCUUCGACGCGCUUCUGAGGACGGUGGAUUCUAAGAAUGACACAGUUGCACGACAGAAUUUGUAUGAGGAUUUGGCGGAGGUGGUUAAAUUACGGUUACACGACAAGUUUCCUGCGGUACGAGAGCGAGCUGUCUCCUGCGCAUCAUAUUUUCAAAUUGGUAAGAAAACUUGCGAUAUGACGCAGCAGUUGCUGGCACUUCUCUGCACUGACACCUCUGCGGAUGUACGUCGGCAGAUACUUUUGAAUGUGCGCGAUCGAACGGAGUUCACAAACGGCUACUUCAGCAGCAUGAUUCGCUGUUUACGUGAUGCAGUGGCACGGGUUCGUGCAGCCGCCUGGGACGCGUUGAGCCGCUCACGGUGGGAAAUCGUUACCGCUUGUGCGCACAUGAGGGGAGUCAACCUACCGUCGUUAAUUAAAGAAGGUUUAGCGGAUGGGAAUAAGACUGUUGCCAAUGCAUGCCGGGCCGCGUUGACCGACUCUUGGCUGCAUCGUGAUAACGGCGAUGACUGCGAAGCCACUCUGCAACUGCUGAUGGCGGAGAACUGCAGUUGCAUAGAUCUUGAAAGUGUGGAUGCUUUUUGCACGGAGAUGUUAAUGUACUGUAAGCGUCACAACAAAGCAAAGAAAUACGUGGUGGAUUUUGGAUGUGUAAGCGCGGCCUCACUUUUGUUGUGGAAGACCAGUGCACGGCUUUCGGCGGAUGCCGAGGGAGAGGAUGAAAUGGCCGUGCUUCUGCCACUGGCGCAGUUCAGCACCCUCCUCAAGGACACCAUUAACCUAUUUGCUCAUCCAGAUGCGGAGCCGGAGACAGUGAAAUACAAGAACGCCGAUGAAGCCGACGCCAUGCUUCGUUGCUUACUUUCCGUGUUUGAGAUAUAUCAAGAAAAUGGUUUUCUGGCACACUCGGACAACACAACAAGGAGCAGCCUGCUCCGCAACAUUAGUUUUCUGCUUAAGAUUGUUCCAGACGAUGACCCCACGCUAUUCGUGGAUAUUGCUGUCCGCACACUGAAGGCAUUGACUGAGCGCACACCAGAGGAAGCCACCAAAACCGUUACUUCGGCACUCAGUUCCCUCUUCCGCUGUUUGAGGCUUCCGCGAAAAUAUUCUCUAGGUUAUGAUGACGUGGAAGCUUUCGGACAGAAGAGUCGCGAGCGGCAUCAACAUCUGAUGUCAUUACUCAUGAAGAAUCGGUUGGGAGGAGUGGAGAAGGAGGAGUAUGAAACACUUCGGGAGGAGAUGGACAUGGAUGAGAAGUUCCUUCUGCGAAUGCAGCACAUUGUUUUUGCGUUUCUUUCACACUCGCAAAGGGGUGAUACUAUCCCAUCCUUUUGCUCUCACAUCAUCCAGCUUGGCCGCCGGCUGGACAACGGCCCUGUGAAGAUUGUUUCCACAAAGUCGCUUGGACUACAGUGCCUUGUUAAUCCUGACACAGUUCACACGUUUAUGCCCCUGAUAAUGAGCGAUGCCACCGAUGUAACCACGGAGAAGGGCGACUGCGUGUCAUUGGCAGCUUUGGGUGUCGUCUUUGACCUUGUGAUGGAGUACGGUCUGCGCUUCUUCGACUGUCCCACAGAAACAAGGGCUAGCGGCACUUACAGCAAUCGCAGCCGCAGUGUUGCAGGGGAGGAGGUGAGCUACAGGGAAGAUGAUGACGCUACCGCUCAUUCUCCGGCCUCUGCGGGUGGUGAAAGUGCUCUUGAGGCACGUCUUCGGCACGAGAAGGCCUUAUCACGGGAGGAUGAGCACAAGGUUGGUGGUGGCAAUUUGUUAAAUUCGCUGCGCGCGUUUGUGUGGACGAACAAUGCUGUGAGAAGCACAAUGGCAGUUGUUGGCUUUAGCAAGCUACUUAGCUGCAGCCGCGUGCAUCCGAGGUACGUUCCUGAAAUAAUUGCAGACCUUUUGACACACCUAGUAGCCCACCGCAAAGGAGAGAAGACGAACAACUCCUCCGCGUAUAUGGUGGACUACCUUAGUAAGUUUUUUCAGAGUUACGCUUCCAGCCACGAUCAGCGUCAGUCCAUGUUUGCUCAGGGCGGUGUCCUCGCCUUCGUCGCGAUGCUCCGGCAGCACGUACCAACUGCAUCAUGGUUGAUAGAAUUUGUCACAAAACUGUCUGACGCUCUUAUUCUUGUGCAGAUACGCAAUAUCGAUCCGACGGCCGCGCGACAGGCAGCGAGGCUUGAUGACGAGAUAGCACCAGAUGACGAGGAAAAGUCGGCAAUGGGUAAAAUUUCAUCAGGUCGUCGUACAUCAGCUCGGUACUCAUCGCAGAAUAGUCAGCUCACGCAGAUGUUGAGCAAAUAUUCCCUCCAUGAGUUUAUUGCUAGCGAGCUGCUUAUUGAGAUAGCACAAAAUGACUCGGAGCACGCGCGGGAUGUUUGCAUGACAACACUCGAGAAGUGCAUGUACUUCUACACGAAAGCACUUCCUUCCUGGUUGUUGUUCUGCUGCACCCGUGCGAUCGAGGUCGUUGGUACGGACACUCCUGUUCGUCCCCGCUUGGAGUCGUGGCGUGACGAGGCGGUUGCGCGUUUUGCAGUGCCCAUCAGUGCAGAAGCGAUUGAAUCGCUGACGACGCGGUGGAACGAAACUGUGGAGAAGCGGGAUCAGGCUGUAGUGAAGUUGCUCAACUGCGGUAUUACCUCCGGUAUUACCUCCUGUUUGGGUGAAAUGGCGCGACCCUACGAGUCUUCCACUCCAUUUAGUGGGGAUUCAGUGCCUUGUACUGCCACUGGUGUUAAGAAGCGGGCGCGUGAAGCAGAAACCGUGUUCGAGAUCAACUCGACAACUAACCGCCGUGGCAGGACGGACCGGUAA